AUGGAGAAGACGCCGCCUGUAGGUCGUAGCGGAGCUAGGGAGUCCCAGGUGAAUGGCUCACAGGUGAGGGCUUUAGAGUCCCAGAAAACCCGCAUGUCUUACAGCAUUGACAGCAUCCUCGGUAACACCAAGGCUGACAAAGAGGUGCAAGAACGACGUUUGAACCAUAACUUUAGCGUCACAAGACCUACACAGUCUCACGGGCAGAGAGCGUUUGGGGGCCCUAUGGCAGCUAGCCCCGACCCUCGCGCUGACAGCCCGGGUGUUGGAUGUCUGAGUGAUGGCGAUGAGAGCCUGGGAGAGGACAGCUACAACGCCCGUAGGUCCCCUUCUCCCACCCCCGGUGUGCACGAUAGCGUGCCCAAUUCUCCACCCGCACGGUUAGGUACAGAUGUCAUGGGUAGCGAGCCAGCGCAAUCAUCACCUGACAUUGACGAGGGUAUUGAUAUCAGUGUGUCUGGGGAAGGCGUCCCAUCCACCGCUGCAGGAAUGAGCGGAUCCGUGCCCCCGACCUCGAGCACGCCUGACGGGAACAGCGACUCGGCGGAUGGCUGCAGCGAUAAACCCCGAAAAAUUCGUCGAAGCAGAACAACUUUUACGACGUAUCAACUGCACCAGCUAGAGAGGGCCUUUGAGAAAACGCAGUACCCGGAUGUGUUCACUCGGGAGGAACUGGCCAUGCGCUUGGAUUUGAGCGAGGCUCGCGUACAGGUUUGGUUUCAAAAUCGUCGUGCCAAGUGGAGAAAGCGGGAAAAGGCCCUGGGAAGAGAGAGUCCGAAUUUUCUUCACGGCGACCAUUUACAGCACUGCCCAGAUAUGGUUGGUAUCCCAGGGUCCUCAUUUCCACUUCCGUCUGCUAUGGACUCCAUGUGGACGGGUCGCGUUCCACACCUGACGGGGCUCAACCCUAUGAUGGCAAUGCAGCAGACUGGUUUGGCCGGAUUGACUGGCCAUUAUUUUCACAGCAAAAUCCCAUUCGGCGGAUUGCUCUCAAAUUACCUGGUCAACCCUUCGGCACCGGGCUCUUUACCGAACAUUCUCAUGGCCUCCGGAUUCAACAUGGCUGCCGCCGGAGCUCCAGUGGGUGCGUCUUUACCAUCGGGAAUGCGGUUUCCUUUCGAGCAUGAUUCUAUAGACGUGAGGAAGUCCAGUAUAGACGUAUUACGAAUGAAAGCCAAAGAACAUUCCGCUACAAUGGACCCUAAUGAUCAUCCACGUGGACACCACCAAGAAGUCGCAAAAACGUAA